UUCCUACGGAAUUGGCGGCAAAGUUGUUGUUAAAAUAUUAAACAUUAAUAUAAUACCAAAUAAUCAAUAACUUUUGUUGUAGUAAUAUGGCUAAACGACAAAGUACAUUGUUUAAUUAUUUUUCAAGCCCAAAGGUUGCAAAGAAAGAAGAUACAAAGAAAGAACCUGCUAAAAGUGAUGAUGAGGAAGAAAUAAUUACAACCAAGAAACGUCAUAGACAAGUAAUCGAUGACUCUUCAGAUAGCGAUAAUGAAGGAAACAAAAAGAAAACUUCUAAAAGAGAUGUCAGAUCAAGUAGUAGCUCGGAAGCAGAAAAUUCAUCUCCAAAUAAAUCAAAAAAAGGCAGCGUCAAAAAUAACAAGAUUAAGGACGACCCUGAUGAGGAGAGUGUAAGUCCCAAAAAGUCGGUAAAAGGCCUCUUUACCAAACCAGUUUCAAAUGGAUCUCAAAAUAAAAAGAAUAAGGAUGACUCCGAUGAGGAAACUGUAAGCCUAAAAAAGCCGGUAAAAGGCCUUCUAAACAAACCAGUCUCAAAUGAAUCUCAAGGUCAAGAGUCAUCAACGAAUAAUGAAGCUACUGAUAUGCACACCAGUUGGUUACAUAACACUUUAGACUUCUUGAAGCCUGAAAAUAUUAGAGACAUUAAUAAAAGAAAACCAGAUCAUCCAGAGUAUGAUUGUCGAACUUUGUAUGUCCCCGAGAAGUAUUUAACUACCUUAACACCGGUUAUGAAACAGUGGUGGGAGUUAAAGAGUCGACACAUGGAUACAGUUUUGUUUUUCAAAGUUGGAAAAUUUUAUGAACUUUACCACAUGGAUGCGGUUGUUGGUGUUAUUGAACUUGGAUUUUCAUAUAUGAAGGGAGAAUUUGCACAUUCAGGAUUUCCAGAGAGUGCAUAUGGAAAAAUGUUGCCUAUAUUGCUGGAACAAGGAUAUAAAGUAGCAAGAGUUGAACAAACUGAAACUCCAGAAAUGAUGGCCGAAAGAUGCAAGGGUAAAUCAACUACUAAAUAUGACAAAGUUGUCAAGAGAGAACUUUGUCAAAUUACAUCAGAUGCCAUUUGUGUAUACACUGCUCAGAUGGAAGAUUGGCAGAAUGAGAAACCUCGUUUUAUGUUUGCUAUAUGUACGAAAGAAGGUGCUUAUGGAAAUGCCAGGAUUGGAGUUUGUCUUGUCGAGACCUCAAUGGGAUUUUUCCAUCUGUCCGAAUUUGAUGACGAUAAACAUUUUUCUAGACUGCUUGCACUUUUCACAGAAUUUCCACCUGUAUUGAUUCUGACAGAAAAAGGUACUGUAAGCAAGGAACUUUCUGAACUGUUACAAACCCAUUUCAAGGACAUCAAACAAGAUUCGUUAGUAACGAAGUCUCAGUUUUAUACUGCUUAUGAUACGUUAGAAAAACUUUCUUCAGCAUGUUACUUCAGAGACAGUGAAGGAAAUUUUGCCUGGCCUGAAAUUUUUAAGACCCUAGCUGAUGAUUGUAUGCCGAAACCAGAAUAUGAGUUAGCGAUAAGGUCUUUAGGUGCCUGUAUGUGGUACCUCAAGGAUUGUAAAGUUGACAUUCAAGUUUUAUCCAUGAAAAAAUUCCAGUGGUAUGACCCGUUGGAUUUUACCCUAAAAGAUAAGCGUAAACAAGAUCACUUAGUACUUGACUCAGCCACUAUACAUAAUUUGGAGUUACUUGGUUUUUCAAAUACGUUGAAAAGCGUCUUGGACCAUUGUAAAACAUCAUUUGGAAAAAGGUUAUUGACAAGGUGGAUUUGCAGACCAUUAUGUGACCCAGUAAAAAUCAAAGAGAGGCAAAAUGCAAUCAAGCAUUUAGUUAAUGAUACCAGUUUGUUACAGGACGCCCAAAAUAUUCUUAAAGAGACACCUGAUCUAGAACGUCUGUUAAUGAAAAUACACACGUAUGGUAGCAAAUCACUUACAACUCAGCACCCAGAUGGAAAAGCAAUACUAUACGAUAACAAGACUUAUUCAAGAAAUAAAAUUAGAGAUUUCUUGAAAACUUUAAAGGGAUUUGAAAAAGCUUGUGAAAUUACUCAUUUGUUUAAAGGCUGUGAAAACCGACUUCUGAGAAAAUUAACACAAGUGAAACCAACAGGAGGAUUUGAAGAUUUGUCUGAAACUUUAAGGUAUUUUGAGAAUGCUUUUGACCAACAAGAAGCUGAAAAAGAAGGAAAAAUCAUUCCCAGAAAAGGUGUAGUAGAGGAAUUCGAUGAUGUCGAGGAUACUAUUGAUUCCAUUAAUAAGAAGCUAAACGAUUAUCUGAAGGAACAAUCCAAAUUCUUUGGUUCUUCUCUAAAAUAUGUAGGAACGGAUAAAAAACGAUUUCAGUUAGAGGUUCCUGAGAACAAGAGUCACAAAGCCACAGAAAAAUAUCGACUAGAAGGUAGCAAAAAGGGAUCUUCAAAGAAAUUUACAACCGAUACGACACGGGCGUUGUUAGCCGAAAUGAUAGAAGCAGAAGGAAUUAGGGCCAAAGUCAUCCUGGAUAUAAGUAGAAAAAUUUUCGAGAAAUUUAGUAGCAAACAAGACCAGUUCGAUAGAGUGAUCCAAUGUUUGACAGUUCUCGAUGUAAUUUGCUCUUUAGCUGAAUACGCAAAAAACUAUUCCUACGAAAUAUGCCUACCGGAUGUACUACCAUUUAGUGACGAGCCUAAACUAAUAAUUCAAGAUGGACGUCAUCCAUGUGCUCAAAACCUGGACAGUUUUGUUCCAAACGAUACUAAGAUGGGUGUCGAAGGAUUUCCUUCCUUGAUUGUCAUAACUGGACCAAAUAUGGGUGGUAAAUCAACGCUUAUGCGACAGAUUGCUGUAAUCUGCGUUAUGGCCCAGAUGGGAAGCUAUGUUCCUGCAUCGAAGUGUGAGCUUACUCUUCUAGAUCGUAUCUUCACCCGUCUUGGUGCUCAAGAUGAUCUUACUAAAGCUCAGUCUACGUUUUAUGUGGAACUUUCAGAAGCAUCUUGUAUACUUCAGUAUGCUACGAAACAUUCACUCGUUAUCAUCGAUGAAUUGGGUAGAGGAACCUCAACGCACGAUGGAAAUGCUAUAGCAACUAGUUAUGUUAAGAAGUUAACAGAGUUUAAAUGCAGAACAACGUUUUCUACUCACUAUCACUCACUGGUCGACCAUUUCACGGAUAGUCCUGAAGUACAAUUAGGUCAUAUGGCCUGCAUGAUCGAGAAUGAAGAUAACGAAGAAGAAAUUUCCGUUGAACACGUUACGUUUUUGUAUAAAAUGGCGAAAGGCAGGUGUCCUAAAUCCUAUGGAUUUAACGCAGCUAGACUUGCUGGUCUCGAUAACAAACUCAUAUCGGAAGGAAUGGCGGUAGCUAGGCGAUUCGAAGAAAGAAAUAAACUGUGGAAUGCGUUUCAAACAUCGAUACAUUCAAAACAAAUUUCCGAUAUUCGGCGUGCCAUAACGUCUCUUUCUCUUUAAUUUCUUACAAUUGUUGCCCUAUAUUGAAUGCCUUUUCAGGUAUUUGAUUCAACUAGAAUGAACACUAGUAGAGCAGAUGGUUGAUUUUAUAUAUUUUACAUAAUUAAUAAUUGACCAUGUCACAUUUAAAAUGAAAUCCCUUCCGAAAAUGAGGUGCGGCUGCUGAUAUUGAAUAGUUUACACCCUUACAUAUCUAGUAUCUAGCCGAUUUUUUAAUUUUUAUCUCGUUUAACCCUCUUUUGCCUAAGCGAAGAAAUCCUCAACCCAUGAUAAUUUACUUUUAGCAUUUUAUUGUUUUAGGGCCCAAUUAAGCAAAAAUCAUAUUUAAAAUUAUUUCCGCCCCCUCCCCUCCCACAUAUGCGGCCCAAUGUGCACUGUGGGACAUACAUUUUAUAAAAGUAUAUUGCAAAUAAACCAGAAAGUAUUAGUGCCUAAAACUUGUGAAUAGUUAAUCUUAAAUAACAUAAUAAUAAGUCACUUGAAUAGGUUUUCAUAAAAAAAAUUAUUAGAAAAGUAACAGUAGGUAAACUGAAUUUACCGUUUGUGUUGAUGGCUUGAAAAACGCGCACACUCACAGAACAAGAAAAUAAAUCAACAGAACUUAAUAUGUACUGUGAAACCGUUUAAAUCCAACAAAGAUAGCCAAUUGUAUAGAUAAAGAACAGCUGAUUGUGACAACCAAGGUUUGAACUAUUGAAAAAGCUCGCAAUAUUUAAAAAAUCAAUUAUAAAGUAUCUUGUGAGAUACAUUGGGCUAAAGAGGGUUAAACGCACAUUUUACGUCAAAAUAACGUUAAUUACCGUGGCAGAUCCAGAAUAGGUUGAUUAAAAUAAAGUAAAUAUAUUUUACAAAAUGUAAAUUACAGAAAGAAGUUUUUUUGAAUAAAUCGGAUACUUAAUAAUGAAAAAAAAAAAAAGAAAUCUGUUUCAGCUCUUCCCAUGCCUGCUCAAUUGCUUCCCAUAGUUCAAUUCUAUUCAGUGGCCUUCUACGUGUAGUGGGAAUACUGCCAGGAAACGCUGUCUCUUCACUAGCUUUUCGAGAUAGCCUAGAUUUUCUCAGUAAUCUACUAAUAGCUCAUCUUGUUGCCGAAGAUCUUCUAUCCUGUUGAACAAAGAACAAACCAACCGUGAUAAAGAGUGAAAAUGAUACCAUCUUUGUUUGAUAUGCACAUAUUUGGCUCACUUUCAAAUCUGCAGUACUAGGCACUUGAACGUGCCUUAUGGCAGUUUUACAUUAUGCUAUUUUCAUGCUGGGCAAGAGCCAUGCAAGACAGAUCACGCCACUGCGGAUGCCCACGCGCUAUUUCCAUGCAAUUCCUGUGCUGGACGAAAAAUUAAAACAUGUUCUAUUUUUUAUGCUAUUUUGAUGCAAGUUGUUGUCAAAAUUCAUGUUGCCAACCUAACAAAAUUUAUUACAGUUACAGACAGUAAAAGAAAAACAUAACCUUAUCUUUACUUUAUCUUAGACUUAAUCACUAGUGGAUUAAUCUUUUCCAGGAGCUUAAGGAAAGUGCACUCGUCCAUUCUAAGAAAGUUUUUAAAACUUUGCAGGUCGCUAGCAUCCAAGAACUCUUGGGGUAACCUCAAAUUUCCCAGUCCUGCAUUCAACCAAGGUUUGACUCAGUAUUUUCGAGGUUUUCUGUUCUUUUUAUUUUUCAUCGUUGCUACAACACCAACAUUUAGUAACAACAAUGUUUUCUUUACUUCUGUUGACAUCCUUUACCUUUGUAUUUUUAUAAAUAGUAUAAUUAUAUUGUUUAUUUAAGUUUACAUCAGUAUUUAUAUACACUAAAAUAACCUCAAAUAUUGAAAUAUUUCUUCUGUUGGCAACAAUGAAAGUCGUACAGAAUUGCACAGAAAUAGCUCCGAUGUAAAAAGGCCAGGCUAGUCAAGAGAUGUGCCAUGCAAGACGGACUUGCAUAGCCUUGAUGUAAAGUCCGCUUUAGUGACCAAUUUUCUUAGAGUUUGACAAUUGCUCUUGUUUUUGCGCGUCAUUCAAAUGCGUUUUAAGCAUUUUGGGCGCGUUUAAUAGCUUUUUACUAUAUUUUUCAAUACGAGCGAAAUUUUUUGACAUCUAGCAAAUCCGUAGGACUCACAAUUUUACAGUAUUAGAAUGUAAAAAUGAAGGUGUAAACUAUUGAGUGACCGCAGCUGUACAUCUACAUUUUCAAAAUUUAUUAUAUUUCCUUUUCAUAUCCUUUACUCUGGCAUUAAUCCAUUUUCCUAUGGAAAUUUAUUUUUUUACCAUACUAACGAUUGGUUUUCAUAUUGGGAAGAAAAUCGUUAAAAAGAUUAUUUAGUUUUAAAGCGUUUCUUGUAAGUAUACAUACAUUAUUAUACAAAAUAUGUUGAUUCGUGUUUUUAUUACAAUAUUUGUAAACAACGCAAGUUGACAUUCUUAUUUCAAACCUAAUUAUAAAUUUUAAAUAGUUUGCUGUUACUGUAUUUGUUUCAAAAUGUUACUAUUUCUAGAUAUUACAUAUUACUUAUGAAAAUAUUGUUUGUAAAGUUGCUUAGUAUACCAACAAAUGUGAUUACUUAAUAUUUAGAAGUUUUUCUAGUUUAGCCAGCUGUUUUUAUUUUUUUUAAUUGAUCUGAACGUUUAAAGCAGAUUUUAAGUUACCUUAAUAAAUAUUUUUGAUUACCUA